AGAGCCCACUCUCCCCACAGCCUUCGAGGUGGGGAUCCAGGCGCGGCCCCCUCCCCUGCCUUCCCCGCGCAACAUCUGCCUCCUCCAGGUCCGGGGGAGGGAGCGGGGAGCGGAGGGAGGAGGGGGAGUGCGGUCCUGGGCGCCUGGGGCUCCGGGCGGGGGCGGCGGGAGCAGCUGCGCAGAGCGAGGCGCCCAGAGCCCGAGCGGACUAGCCAGCGCAGCUCCGCAGCAGCAGCAGCUUCGAACGGUCCUUCCCGGCUCUGCGCUCGCAAACCCUGGGCACCCUGAACCCUCAGCCUCAGGCGGCUGGGCUGCCCGGUCCCGGAGGGUCCGGACCAUGGACAAUCCCCAGGACUUGCAUCAGCCCUUGCUUGGGCCACCACCAGAUGGGUCCCCAGUUGUGGAGCCCCCCAGCUCCAAGCCCCCCCCCAGCUCCAAGUCCCCCGGCUCCAAGUCCCCCGGUUCCAAGCCCCCCGGCUCCAAGGCCCCCGGUUCCAAGGCCCCUGGCUCGGCCCCAAAGCAAAAGCGCCCUCGCAAAGAGAAGGUCGCCAAGGAGAUGCUGCCCCUGCCUACUGUCAGCCUGGGGCUCCUGGAGCCCAAGAACCCUGAGUUAGAGGACUGGUCCAGCGACAGCGACUACGACGGGAUGGGGGUGGGCCAGUUCACCCCCCUGCUCUCCCGGGACUACGUGGGGCUGGCCGUGUUCUCCAUCCUGUGCUGCUUCUGGCCCUUGGGCAUCGCAGCCUUCUCCCUGGCCCAGAAGACCAACAAGGCCUGGGCAGCUGGCGACGUCCGCGCAGCCGGAGCCUCCGCCCGCCGGGCCUUCCUGCUGGCCAUCCUGGCCAUCGGCCUGGGGGUCUGCAUCUACACGGCGGCCCUGGUCACACUGGCCACCUACCUGACCUCUGGGGAUUCCCUCUAGAGACUCAGGGGGACCAGAGGGGUCUCGAGGGAUGGCCUCGACCCCCCCCACCCCAUGGCCACGCCCACCCUAUGGCCACGCCCUCUCCUGGGCCACCCCCUCCCCUCCCCGUGGCCACGCCCCUCCCUCCCCUCGGCCACCCACUCCCCGUGCCUACUCCCAUUCCCCACCCUGAUCCCUAUCAAUCCUGUUCCCCACUCCCCCUCCCCCAUUCCCCACUGAAAUCCCCCCUUCCCCAUCCCUACCUGUCCCACCCCUCCCCCUCCCCCGCCCCCGCUCCCAGCCAGGCAGAAACAACUAAUUAAAACCUGGGAUUCAUCUGAA